ACAGGAAAUUAGUUAGAUGCCUCUUCCUGAAUUUAAACAUGAAACGGAAAAGGAGUAAUUUUGACCAUGCAAACUACUUAAGCAACACUGGGGAAGCACAAAACAUGUAACACCAGCAGGAAGCGAGGCAUUCCGAGAACCAGGUCGCUGAAGACACUGACAGCUACACAUCAACGAUUAGAAAGAAACAAAUCUUCUGUUAAAAGUUGAAAGAAAGUCGAUGAACCACACAAACCAAACGGAGGAGCUCUUCUCCUGCUACAGUCCUUCAGUCGUGGGCUACCGAUACGUCGCUGUGCUGUGGGGAUGUGCUGUGACCAUCGCUGGAACAGUGGGGAACCUGAUGACCAUUCUAGCCUUCGCCUUGGACCCACGUCUGAGGACCCGCUUCAAUGUGCUGAUCAUCAACCUGGCUGCAGCUGAUCUCCUGUACUGCACCAUUCUGCAGCCCAUCUCUGUGGACUCCUAUCUACACCUCAGAUGGCGGAGUGGUCAGCUCUGGUGCAGCAUCUUCGGCCUGCUCCUCUUCCUCUCCAACUCUGUCUCCAUUAUCACCCUAUGCCUGGUGGCAGUGAGCAGAUAUCUCCUGGUUGCAAAACGGGCCGUGUUUGAUCGUGUCUUCUCCGACCCUGGUCUAAUUUUACUCCUGGUCUCAUCAUGGGCACUAGGCCUCGCCAGCUUCGGACCACUCUGGUCUGUUUACGUGUUUGUGCCACAAGUGUGCACAUGCAGCUUCCAUCGUACCAGGGGUCGCCCUUUCACCACCAUCCUGCUCUUUUUCUACUUUUUUGUUGGCCUGGGCUGUGUUGGUGCAUUCUACCUGCUCAUUUACAGACGUGUCCAGCUCGCCUCCCAGGCUCUGCGGCGCUACAGGCUCAGCCGCCGGUCGUCCAGGAAGAAACCAGCUUCUUCAGUACAAGGGACUGAUGACAGUGGUGUACAGAGUGGCAUGGUCAACACGCGUAGCUGUGAGGUGAGUAGCCAGGCAGAUCUAGCACAAAAUAAGGAUGAGAUCACCUCCAAAAAGGCUUCCCCAUCUGCCCAGAGCCCUGCCACAGCCUUAAAUUCAUCUGCAUCUAACAAGCCUCCUCCUGGUAUCGUCAUUGCACCAACUUCAUCCACAACUGCAGCAUCCUCUUCCCACUCAGCUACUUCAGGAGAUGAUGGCGAAUUUAAGCGAGUGACCCGCAUGUGCUUCAUUGUAUUUCUGUGUUUCGUGUGCUGCUUUGUGCCCUUCCUGUUACUCAACAUAGCCGACAAACAUAACCGCGCCCCACAGGUACUGCACAUGUUCUGUGCAAACCUCACCUGGCUCAACAGCUGUAUCAACCCUGUGCUCUACGCGGUCAUGAACAGACAGUUUCGACAGUCCUACCAUCUGCUGCUCACCAGGGCUGCUGCACCCUUCACCUGCCUCUGGACCUGGAGGCAGGCUCUGAGAUCCUGAGCUCCUUGUACAUAAAUUUGCUUGAGAUAAAUCCAGUAUGACAAUAUUCCAGUGAUAUCAUUCAGCAUUUAUGAACUUUUAGUUAUUAUAAGCUGUGUGAUUAAGUUGAUAAAAGUGAAUGAAUGGUGUAAGGCAGGGUCUUAUAGUGAACUUAUGGCUCGCAUAUAGGGAACAUAAGCUUGACUUUGAUUAAAAUAAUUAUAUCAGCGUUACAUUUGAUUUAUGCUGCAACUUUUCAGACAAUACACAGCUGUGGGAUUAACAACAUUGUGGUACUUAUGCAAUACAUGUAGAUUUGUAAUACAUAUUCCAAAGUUGCAGUCAGAAUUUUGAGCAACAUUCUUAUAAUGAUCAUUGUAGUUUUCUGGUGUCUGUUACAUCACAUAAAAAAACAUCAAUAUUAAAAAAUCAGCAUGAUAUGCCGGUCAAUUUCUAA